AUGUCUGUGGUCCUUGGCAGUGAUACAAGGACGAAACACAUCAGAAAGCUAUAUCUUCUGUGUAUCGUAUGCCUGCUGUUCAUCUUUUAUGUAUCCGGGUCUGGAUCGUUGAGCGGAUACGAAUACAACCUCUCCUAUCAGACAAUUGCAGCAACAGGGCAGUUCCCGCGUAAAGUUUGGCAGACAUGGAAGGUUGAUCCUCUCGCCUUUGAAGAGCGUGAUCUCUCAGUAGCCCGGACCUGGAUUCAGAAAAACCCGGGGCACCGGUACGAGGUGUUGACGGAUGGAAAUGAUCUUUACUACGUCGAGACACACUUUGGACCAACAGGCCUCAAUCGCCCAGACAUUGUUGACGUGUACCAAUCGCUCACGGCAAAGAUUGUCAAAGCCGAUUUGUUGCGCUAUCUGGUUAUGUACGUCGAGGGUGGCGUCUACACAGAUAUUGACGUUGAAGCCUUGAGGCCCAUUGACCGAUUUAUCCCUGACCGCUAUGAUCCGAAAGACCUCAAUCUGGUGGUUGGCGUCGAGAUCGACGAACCCGAAUGGUACGAUCACCCAAUCCUUGGACCCAAGUCGCGCUCGUUCUGUCAGUGGACGUUCAUGGCGAAGCCUGGGUUACCAGUCAUGAUGCGACUGAUCAACGGCAUCAUCAAAUGGCUUGAAGGAGUCGCAUAUAAGCAGGGCGUUUCGAUUUCCGACAUCCAAUUGGACUUUGACGAGGUCAUCAGCGGCACGGGGCCGUCGGCCUUCACAGAAGCCAUCCUCGCUGAGAUGAGCGCGGAAAGUGGCCAAACUGUAAAGUGGGAUGCUUUUCACAAUCUAGCAGAAUCAAAGCUCGUCGGAAGCAUUCUGGUACUUACCGUGGAAGCCUUUGCUGCCGGCCAAGGUCAUUCGGAUUCAGGAAAUCACAACGCGCGCGCCGCGUUAGUCAAGCAUCAUUUUCACGCCUCGAGGUGGCCGGUCAAUCACCCACGGUACAACCAUCCCAUGUAUGGCGAGGUCGAGCAAUGCAACUGGAACAGUGACUGCAUACGAGAAUGGGAUGAAAAUGUCAAGACCUUCGACGCCUUGCCCAAGGACGAACAAAUUCGUCAGAUCGCGAUGAAAGAAGCACGCGAAGCUGCGUACAACGAUAUCAAAGCAAAAGAGCAGGAAGAGAAGCAACGGCAAAGCGAGGAAUAA